CAUCUUAUCCGAUAGACGUUUACCAAGUGCCUGAUGCGUAUUGUAACAUCACCAAAGAGGUGCACGUAUCCAACCGUCGGGUGACAGACCACAGCAUCGUCGGUGCACACCAAGUGUGUAACCAUACGUGCCCCACGUACUGCGUGGAUACAUACGAGCCAGCCUGCGCUAAGAUCUGGACGAGGCCCACCACGUACAAGAUGCGGGCCAUGAUCAACCAUUGCCAUAUAGACUUGCUGUCCUGCGCUGCUGGCGUUAAUGUCACGGUGGAGCCGUUGGUGCGCUGCUACAAGAACCCUUCAGCUCUGAUAUUCAUGAUGCAAAUGACCGCAUUAAAGUCCCUGAAUCUGCUCGAUGGGCCUGACUCUGGACGACGGGCUAUGAAGCAGUGGACGGCUCAACAUCGGUUAAAUGAAUUUUUCAAAAAGUCUUGGAAGUACCAACGUUAAUUAUGUUUUUUGUUCCUUUUUAUUACAAACUUGGAAAAUUGUUACAUAAAUUUAAAUAUCUCAGUGAAACUUGAAUUCUCUAAUUAUCUUAUAAAAGCCAAACCUG